CCAACCUGUUAUUUGGAGACUGCAGGAUUCAGUUUGUGUUAAUCCUUUCCUGUAAUAAGUAUUUUUUGAAUAUCUCAAAAUGAAUGAUUGAAUUAUUAACUCAAAAGUGUUGGUAAAACAUUAUUACAAGUUAUUUGUCCAUCAGAGCAUGAAUAUAAAAUUUUAUAUCAAACCAAAAUGUGCUUUUACGGAUCCAGAUGUGUAAGUUAUACGUCAGAAAUGUUUGUAAGAUAACCUAUCUGGACAAGUUGUAUCAAAAUGGCAACUCUACGCAGCUGUAUAAAGCUUCUCACUCGUCCAAAAAUAGAAAUGCGACAUUUUUCAGCAGCUGCCGAUACGUUAGCGAAAGUUGAAGUCAAUUCAAAAACAGGUGUUGCGGUAGUCAGCCUCAACCGUCCGCCCGUCAACGGGCUGAAUCUAGAGCUGCUACAGACACUCUCUCAGACAUUGGACGACCUGGAGAAAAACAAAAGCAGAGGCAUGAUCCUCACUUCUGAGAUGCCGACCGUGUUCAGUGCAGGACUGGAUAUCAUGGAAAUGUACAAACCCAACCAGGACAGGCUAAAACAGUUCUGGGUCACUCUGCAACAGACAUGGCUGAAACUGUACGGCUCGUCCUUCCCCACCGUGGCUGCCAUGAACGGCCACAGCCCCGCUGGUGGGUGUCUCCUGGCUCUCAGCUGUGAAUAUCGGGUCCUGGUGGCACCCAAGAGUACCAUCGGCCUCAAUGAGACCCAACUGGGCAUCAUCGCUCCUCGCUGGUUCAUGGACUCAAUGCGGAACGUGAUGGGGGAGCGACAGACUGAGCUGGCUCUCACUGCAGGGAAGAUGUUCACAGCUGACCAAGCGCUCAGGGUUGGGCUAGUUGACGAGUUAGCCUCGGACAAGGCUGACGCACUGGCAAAAGCCGAAGCUUUUAUCUCCACAUUUGCCAAAAUACCAGCUGCAGCAAGAAACUUGACCAAGCUGGAUUUCAGGAAGGAUACACUGGACUGGCUAAGGAACAACCAAGAGUUGGACUUGAAAAGGUUUGUAGACUACACCAACCAACCCAAGGUUCAGCAGGGUUUGGAGCUGUAUCUGCAGAGUCUUAAGAAGAAGUAAACUGCACAAUUGUUCUCUGAUUCAGAUAACGUACCCACAAGAGGUAACGAUAGUGCUGUAUGCAGUGUGCAACAAAUUUAAAUAAUUUUUUAACGUUUCAUAGUUAUUUUUAUCACCAGAGAUUCCAGUUUUUACGAACUGCAAGUUCCAUGGCAUUAGAAUCAUUUCAAAUUUUACUGCCACCGAUCAACUGAAAUGACAUUAACACUAUGUGAUACGUAUAACUCUUGUUUGGAUUGAUCAGAAUGAUCAAAAUAUGUGAAAAUUGUAACCUCGGAUUUCAGUUACUUUUUAUGUAUGUUACCAAGGAUUUUGAUAGAAGAUAAAAAAAUUCAUGUAUACAUAUGGGACUAUUUUUAAUGUGAAAGUUCUUAAAAUCCAGUGUAUAAUCGUUUAUCAAUCUUUGGGCUAGGCUUGGAUGAAAUGAUUGAUCAACUUUUAACAAUUAGUUUGACUAAAUGAAGGUAAUAUGCACUGUUCUCUUUAGUUGGUCCAAAAUUAAAUUCUGCUCUUCGUACACAGCCUACUCUUAGACUAAUUCUAGACUAAUUACUUGAUACUACUGUUUUUUAUUUAUAUUUAUAUUACGCCACGUAUCUAUAAAUUACACCACAGCUUUUAAGUGUUAGAUGUUUGAAUAAAAUAAACCACCCAAGAAUAUCACAACGAAAUGAACACAAACCGUAUUACAAGUCUUUAAUAACUGUACAACGUCUGUUUUGCCAUUGUUCAAAAUACAUUUUUUUUUUAAUUCCACCACGAGACUCCAGUUCUGACUCGGGCACUCGGACUGUGGUAAAUUAUGUAAUUAAUAUCAUGCAACAAUUUGUAAAAAUCUGAACCAACGCAAGUUGCAGUAGAAAUACAAUACAUUAACAAUAAAUUAAAUAACUAUUUUGUAAAAUAAUAUUUGGUUUUUCAGGAAUAAACUGAUCAAUCUAAAUACAGACAAAUCAAUGUAAUCAACUAUUACUUCAUAUAACAUAUUUUUCAUAUUUUUGUGUAGUAGAAUUCACAACUGUGUUGUUAAAUUCAGUAGUGUUGUUGAUCUGUAUUACUCGUUCAGCCAGAAACACGCACAAAACGUAGAAAGUGAAGACUUUUUUUUAUAUUAUAUUUAGUACUUUUAAUCAAAUCCAGUUUAUAUGCGUAUGUGUAUCCUCAAAAUGUGCCCUUAUUUAAAACAAUAAGGGCUAAAAAUAAUCCAACCUAAUUAAUUAGUAAUAAGAAUUUUAAUCUGAAAGCGAUUAGUACAUUAUGUAUUUUUAUGCGAACAAUGAAUUUUUUAUAUCUUAAAAUUUUGUUUUGUUUUGGUUUUUUUUUUUUUUUGUAAUAUCGGCUUGGGUACAGUGUUCAAGAAAUCAAUUUGAUAUACUGGUGUGGUUUCAAAUGUAAGGUUAGUUAUCAUAUUAAAUGUGUUACUCGUAGAAGUGUAGAUUAUGUUAUUGUUAUAUUAAAAUGUUUAGGUUAAGAUUUUAGAAGGUUCUUUUCAUAAUUAAAUAUUAUGUUAUGAUUCAUUAGUAAUAUGAGUGUACUUUUCUUAUUGUAUUGUUUUUAUUGUUUAUUAUACUUAUGUGUUUUAAAUUUUUUUAGGGUAUAUUAUUCUAUUUGCUUGCAUGCUAUAUUUUAUAAUACCACUAAAUGCGAUGAUAGUUUAGUGUGAAAUAUAAUAGAAACAUUGAUGUUCACAUAAGACUGUUGUUGAUAAUUAUAAAAUGGUUUUUAUACUUAUACGUUGUUAAAUAUAUUGAAUUUGAUUAUA